CUGCGUGCUGCGAGGUGGGCUUCGUUCAGGAGCAGAAGAGCCAGCGGCUGGCGGCUCCCGAGGCACGAGCGGAGUUCGACGGCGGCCCGCGUUCUCCGAAAGGCAGCCGUCGACGGGCGAGCGAUGGCGGCGCGGGGGUCGCGGCGGCGCGCGCUGCGCCUGCUCUUGGUGGUGCAGCUGCUGGCGGGGCGCUGGCGGCCGGCCGGGGCAGCGCGGGGCGCGCGGGGAGGAUUGCCUGAACUGUCCUCUGCUGCAAAACACGAAGACCGUUUAUUUAAGGAUUUAUUUGAAGACUAUGAAAGGUGGGUUCGUCCUGUGGAACGCCUGAGUGACAAAAUAAAGAUCAAGUUUGGCCUUGCAAUAUCUCAGUUGGUGGACGUGGAUGAGAAAAACCAGCUAAUGACAACAAACGUCUGGUUGAAACAGGAAUGGAGAGAUGUAAAAUUAAGAUGGAAUCCUGACGACUACGGUGGGAUAAAAAUUAUACGCGUCCCAUCAGACUCUCUGUGGAUCCCAGACAUCGUUUUGUUUGACAAUGCAGACGGGCGUUUCGAAGGGGCCAGCACGAAGACGACUGUCCAGUACAAUGGCACCGUCACCUGGACACAACCAGCAAACUACAAAAGUUCCUGUACUAUCGAUGUCACGUUUUUCCCAUUCGAUCUCCAGAACUGUUCCAUGAAAUUCGGCUCCUGGACGUAUGAUGGAUCCCAGGUUGAUAUACUCCUAGAGGACCAAAACGUAGACAGAACCGACUUUUUUGACAACGGAGAAUGGGAAAUCAUGAGUGCCGUGGGGAUCAAAGGGAACAGAACGGACAGCUGCUGUUGGUACCCUUACGUCACGUACUCUUUUGUGAUUAAGCGGCUGCCUCUCUUCUAUACCUUAUUUCUCAUUAUCCCCUGCAUCGGGCUCUCAUUUCUGACUGUGGUCGUCUUCUAUCUCCCGUCAAACGAAGGUGAAAAGAUCAGCCUGUGCACGUCAGUCCUCGUCUCCCUGACCGUCUUCCUUCUGGUUAUUGAAGAGAUCAUACCCUCGUCGUCCAAAGUCAUACCUCUGAUUGGGGAGUACUUGGUGUUCACCAUGAUUUUCGUGACACUCUCCAUUAUGGUGACUGUGUUUGCCAUCAACAUCCACCACCGCUCUUCCUCAACACACAAUGCUAUGGCGCCGUGGGUCCGUAAGAUAUUUCUUCACAAGCUCCCCAAACUGCUCUGCAUGAGAAGUCACGUCGACAGGUACUUCACUCAGAGGGAAGAAACCCAGGAUGGCAGUGGACCGAAGUCUAGGAACACCUUGGAAGCUGCGCUCGGCUGCAUCCGCUACAUCACGAGACAUGUCAGGAAGGAGAACGACGUCCGAGAGGUUGUUGAAGACUGGAAAUUCAUAGCACAAGUUCUUGACCGGAUGUUUCUGUGGACUUUUCUUCUGGUUUCAGUCAUUGGGACUCUGGGGCUUUUUGUUCCUGUUAUUUAUAAAUGGGCCAAUAUCAUAGUCCCGGUUCACAUCGGAAAUACAAUUAAGUGAAGCCAAGAAAUGACUAUGGGUUUAGUGAGCAACCGCACAUCUCUUAGGACAUGUAUACAGUUAUGAAAAUGUGAAAUUAUUUUCAAUUUGAUAUAGGCUGUAACAGAUUAGUAAUUUCUAACCUGGCUUAAUAUUGUCCGUUAGAACUGAAGUAAUCACUGCAGGUAGCAACAGAACAUUGUCCAGCUGCACUGGUGAACACCUACUAAUGUGGAAUCCAUGAGGAAGUUCCUCUUUGGAGGUUGGCAAAUACAGUUAUAGUUGAAGACCGUUUAGAACUUUUUCCAAAUUUAGUAAAAGCUUAUAAUUGUGUGGUUUUGUAUUUUCAGAAUGGGCCUUCUUAAAUUAUCCAGGCUGUCGCCAAACUCCUGGAUUCCAGUGAACCUCCUGUCUCAGCAUCCUGAGUAGCCGGGACUAUGGGUGUGUUCCACCCUGCCCAACUCAUAUAUAUAUUUUAAAAUUCUAUCUGUCCUGUAUUCAUGGAUGUGUGAUACAUAAUACUUCUAUAUGAAUUAAGCCAAUUACUUGGUUUAAUAAUGGCUUAAUGUCUUAGUUAAUAUUGCUGUGAAGAGACACCAUGACCACAGCAACUUUUUAAAAAAAUAUUUCUUUAUUUAUUUUAUGUAUAGAGUGCUUUAUCAGCAUGUAUGACUUUAUGCCAGAAGAGGGCAUCAGAUCCCACUAUAGAUGGCUGCAAACCACCAUGUGGUUGCUGGGAAUUGAACUCAGGACCUCUGGAAGGGCAGCCAGUCCUCUUAGCUGCUGAGCCAUCUCUUCAGCCCUGCACACCAACUUUUUAUAAAGGAAAACAUCUAUUUGUGGCUGGCUUACAGAUUCAGAGGUUUAAUGCAUUAUUGUCAUUGCGGGAAUCAUGGCAGCAUGGAGAAGUAGCUCAGAGUUCUGUUUCUGGAUCAGCAGGCAACAGGAAGAGAGAAUGAGCUAUUGGGCCUGGCUGAGCUUCUGAAACCUCAAAGUCCAUCCCCAAUGACACACUUCUUCCAAUAAGGCCACAGCUCCUAAUAGUGCCACUCCCUAGUGAUCAAACAUUUAAAUCUGUGAGUCUAUGGGAACCAUUCCUAAUCAAACCACCACACUUAAUACGAAGCUAUUAUUUUGUUUUGUUUUGAGACAGGGUUUCUUUGUGUAACAGCUCUGGCUGUCCUGGAACUCACUUUGUAGACCAGGCUGGCCUUAAACUCAUAGAGAUCUGCCUGUAUCUGCCUCCUAAGUGCUGGGAUUAAAGGCAGCGCCACCACUGCCUGGCUCUUUACCAACAUUUUUCUUUUUCAUAAGUGAAAAAGAGUGACUAGAAACUCCCUAGGUCACUUUAUUCUUUAGAUGCUCAAGUGGAAUGGCUCUUGUGUUAUCUAAGUUUGAAGCUAUCUUCCAUUGUAAACUUACAACAGGUAAGUAACUCCUGCAGACGCAGUGACAUAUCCUUCGUAAUGACUUCAUAUGCACAGUGACAUAUCCUUCAUAAUGACUUCAGUCCCCCUGCCCCCAUUCUCUGGUUAAUAGAGCUGUUUGUGUGCAUGGUUUAUCCCUGACCUCAGAACAGCAGACUGCAGUUACGUAGAUCCCAUCUCAAAGGGGGCAUAUCUUUGCUUUGAUAAUUCUUUGGAAGAACCAUCUUCCAUGGUUAAAGGUGUAUUCUCAGCUGGAUAUGGUGUCUCACACCUGUCGUCUCUACUUUCAGGAGGCAGUGGCAGGGGAAUUGCUGUGAGUUCUAGGUCAGUCUGAGUUACAUUAUGAGACCCUGUUUCAAAGGCUAACAAAAAUUGCUCUUCUGAGUUGAGGUAAGCACAUUGUCAUAUCUUAUGUUUUAUUAUCUUUCACCCCAGCGAUUAUAAUCAUAAAAUCUUAGAGCUGGUAUUGUUGGUUGUUUUACUCUUUUGGCUUUUGGGGGGCCCACCACCCAGUUCCAAAUAAACUAUACAUGGAGGCUUAUUCUUAUAAA